AUGGCGGACAUAGAAGUGUCAACCAAGAGCAUCUCACUCAUCCAUAACACAGACCUUCCCCGCCCAUUAAAUGUCCUCAGCACUGCUAUCGCAGAAUUCUCGAAGCAAGACUACAUUGCUUGGAGGGUUCCCGAAUAUGAGAUCCACAUUAUAGAUAUCGCAUCAUAUAACUUCUCUCAAGCAGACUCACCGUCUGGUCUCAAGGCAAGCGAGUCAAAUACAACACCUCUUAAGUCUCCAUCAGAUUGGCAAGCUGAGAUAUCGAAACACUCUGCCUUCAUCCUCCUCUUCCCCUACCACACCUGGUCACACUGCACUUCUCUCAAGCACGCACUCAGCAUCCUUCCACCCCAUCUCAUCCACAAACCCACUCUGCUUCUCGGAUUCGGAAAAGAGGAGCCCUAUCAUCCAAAUGAGUAUGAGCGGACAUGGAAAAAGAAAUCGUUCGGUAUGAUGAGGGACUUCCUCCUCGAAAAAGCUGUCAAGCUGGUUAAAAUGGAGAAUGAUAGCCCGCAGGGUGGCUGGCCUGAGUUCAUGGUCUAUGCGGAUUAUUGGGAGGAUUGGACUACAGGAGGUUAUAAUGCUUUUAUUGGGGGACAGCAGGCUGAGGCUUGGGAGAGCAAGGGGCAUAAUAGGUGUGCGAGGGGGGUUGAGAUGUUAGUUGCUGGGAUUGAGAAGAGUAGGAAAUGA